CGGCAACGAUAACACCAACCUUGAACUAUCUCGAAUGCGAAGCCGUCAUGAUGGCUGAGGAAAUCACUCGCCUCACGCGCGAGGUUGAACGUGUCGUGACGGCCCCAUAUGUGCCCUCUCUCCAGGAUUUGCACAGUCUGAUCCAGACCAGCGCUCUUUCAACAUUGCGGUUCUGGACUCUUCACAAACCCUGUCAGGUGGGCCGGUUAGCGGAGGUCCUCCUGGAAAGCCUGUCUCGAUCGCGUGUCGCACUCCCACUGCUCGCAGCUUUUGCACGGAUUGAAAUCUUCAGAGAUGUGUUGUUACAUCGCCAGCCGGUUCUCUUGGAUGCAUUCCUUGAGCAAGCCCUCACUGCCGGAGAAUCCGAGUAUCAUUCAGCAUGCAUCGCAUUGCUCUCUUCACCUCUUCCGUUGGGCUUUGUGCUCCCUGCUCGUCUUGCUGGUUUUAUCACGAAGCUAGUAUCUGCCGUGGCCGCUAACCCCGGAGCUGAGGCGAUAGCACCCUUGCAUGCUCUAAUGACUGGCUUACAAAGAUCACCCAAUUUCAUUUACGAGGUUCCAACAGAAGUCUUGUCGAAUCUACAGCUGGAGUUAACCAAAACACUGCGCAAUCUUGACGAUCACAUGGGGAACCUCUUGGGUCUGGCAACUUUUGCGCAGAUAUCAAUGACCCACCGAAAGCAAAUUCACCAGCAUCAUGGAAUGGGCACUCCAUCUUGGCUUCUUAAUAUACAGCAUUUCUUUGGCCCGAAGCGGGGUAUGAAGACAUUAGAUCUGGUUGUUCUGCGAGUCAUCCUGGCCUGUUCCUCAAACUGCAACAUUCUCACACCAGCCCAAGCUGCCGAAAGUAUUCGUCUUGCAAUCUGUAUCGCCGAUGCUGUUGAGCCAGAUCAGAAGCAGUCAUGGCUUUUGAACAGCUCCUCCAAGAUUGCUAAGCUUUGUGAGAAGGUAGCCAGGGAGAAUCUAAAUAGGGAGAUACAGGUUAUGGGGGUAACUUUUCUGCUUUCUCUACAACCCUUGAAAGCCUUGCCACCUGAUAUUGGGGAUCUGGGUCUCCGCCUGCUUGUCUCCAAGGACAGCAGAGCAAUCUUGGGAGCCAUGUCACCCGAGCUUGUCUCACGCCUCACAGAUUCGUUGGUGGGCUACGACGAUUCUGUCGUAUAUGAAGUUCUUCAUUUCACCGUGGACACUUUGAAAGAUGACGGGGUUGGACGCGAAUCCAUGGUCAAUCUCCAUGUAUCAGAUAUUCUCCUCUCUGGAUUCCAGGCCAAUCUGUCUGAACCUAUCAUUACGUCUUUGUUGAACUCGGCUUCUACCAAACAGACCAUCGCUGGUCUCCUCGGAAGGUUUCCGGUGGCCCCUGCUCAAUCACAAUGCCAGGGCUCGCCGAUCUGCCACUGUACAUACAGCGGCUUGCAGAAUAAGGUCUUACUCAGUCUUUAUGAGAUUUACUUUGCGGCAGCUCUGUCACAUGAUGGGGACGCGGCUGACAUUGGCCUAAUGAAAUCCCUCCUACAGCGGGCUACCAAGUCGCUCGGCCCUUCCAGCUGUACACUCGCGCAAUCUGAGCACAACGCCUUUCGCAACUCGCUGAAUCUGCGCAACAGGCAGGACUUUACUACAAAGCGCCAGCCAAUCCGGGAUUGGCGCGCUAGUAUUACUGAGAUGCACAUGCAAAAUGCUGAGACGUCUCACAUUGACAUUAUGAAGAUGGUCGAAGAUAUUUGCUUUGAUCUUGAACGCCGCUGUUACGAUAUUGAAAGCCCUGUGCGGUCCGCCGAGGAAGAGCGAGACAGACAAAAGUAUGAAGCUGAGAAGUUGCAACAGCACAACGAGGAUUUGACUAGACAACUGGACCAAUCCACACAAGUGAUUGCCACUCUUCAACAGGACCUGGCUAGGCUUGAAGAGCAUGCUGGAACUGCAAGCACACGUGCUGAGGAACUGUCGGAAGCCCUUGAGUUGGCUCGGCAAGAGUUGCGUGACCAACAGCACCGCGCAGAUGAUGCAUUCCGAGCCGAGCAAGAACGAGCUCGAAGCAGCGAACUCGAGUUGGCUGUGAUAUCUACUGAGAAAGAUGAUCAACUAGAGGAGUUACAUGAGUCACUACGUCAGCUCGAGUCUCAGAGGAAACAUCUCGAGCAGGUGGUGCAAACAUUCUCUCAUGAGAGGGCUACCUCUGCCGAAGCAACCAACGCCCUGGAGUACGAAAUUGCUGAAUUGAGGAAUUUGUUGGAAACAAAGUCAUCACUUUGCAGCCAAAAAGAGGAUGAAGUCAAACGUCUGCUGGCAGAGAACAAUGGUCUGCAGACGGAGCUUGGCACUGCUCAAAUAAUGGUAAGUUUACCUUCCUUCAAUAACUCAACAAUCCAUGUCCUUGUCUCUGUCACACAUUCCGUCUUUGAUACUCGCUCAGCUCUUGUACAGGUGGAAGAUCAAAAUCGGGAAAUUGAACAGCUCUACUCAAAACUGCACGAAUCUGAGGAACAAGCAAAAGCCGAUAUAAUGAGCCUGAAUCGUGACAGGGAAACAGAAAUUGCUAGAAUUGCUUCUGAAGUGAUAAAACACAAGGAAGAGCACGGGCUCCUACAGAAAGCGAUGCAAUCAGCCGCGAGCGAUGCGUCCAAAGAACUACAGUCUAAGGAUAAGCGCAUCCAUCAAUUGGAGAAAAAGAUUCAAUCUCUUCGCGAUGAGAGAGCGGCCAAGGCUAGAGAGUUCUCAGAAGCCCAGCAACAUAUUGGCCGGCUCAUGAAUGUGAUGGGCUUCUCUGCAAAACCCGCCGACAAGAGCUCAAGCAAGUCUCAACACAGCAGAGACCCUAAUAUCGCCCCAACCCCUGGCCGGCGUCAAUCAACCUCUUAUGACGACGAUGAUGAUGAAAUGCAACUCUCAGAGUCUUUUGAAUCCUUAGCAUCCAAUCUGCAGGGACCUACGCCAAAACGUCCCAAGGGUAACGGUCGCUCAAUGCACCCUUCGCAAGCACUCGUCCCUAAGACACCUGCAGCCGACAGCUCAUUGACCAAGACAAAUGUGCCCAAAACAGGUAACCGGCAGCCUUUGACUGAUGCUGGCACUAAUAACCAUGUUAAAUCACAACUUAGUCCUGGGAGUAAGGGCAGUCCGAACAAUACUGCUUCGCUCGGUAACAUGGGCGAGAACCGACUGCAGGGUCUGGACUUGGACAUGGAUUUGGAGUUCUCAAAAGACUUUCUUUUCACGAGCACAGCACUUUCUGCAUCGAACAAUUAGUUGAUACCCAGGUGCCUACAUGCGCAGUGAUGAAUUCAAUAGUUCCUACACUUCUCUCAUUGAUACCACAUCCCUCUGCUGUUUCUUGGCGUUAUUUUGCCUUCAAUUCGAGUCCAAUUAGAUACUGAAUUGAGAGCCAUCGCCUACUUAGGACCACAUUUUUAGAUAAAAAAGCCCUCAUCGCCUUAUUAUAUGCAU